AUCAAGAAGCGAGCUCAAAGAAAUCACUGGUUUAUACUAGCUCGUAAUCAGGAUAUUGGACAUUGGAUAUUGGAAGGCGGCACAAUUAGAGAAGACGUUACUCAUUUGCUUUACAUCUGAGAAUUGAGAAUUUCGCACCUUGACGUACAUUGUAGACAUAUAAGAGGCCAUCUAACCAAUAAGAAUUUGUGCAUAUCUAUUUUUGAAAGACGUAUUACAGCAAUUUUGUGAGAUUACUGGUCUCAUACCCGGUGUAAAAGACUUAUUUGUUAUUCCUAAACGAUAAAGCUAUGGAGCCAGGAUAAUAUCUGAACCCUUAGUUUCAUAUUAUGAUUUUGGUAGAGAUUGUGUAACAAGUUGACCAAAACCGGACCGUGCGUUUGCUAAGUUUCACGGAAAUGGGAAAGAAUAGAUACUCCAUUAUGAAUGUUGUGAUGACAACAUUCUAACAAGUUACUUAUUAUGACUAUAAAAACACUCGUCUUAUUUCCCAUCUGAUUGUAAUUGAUCAAUAACACUCAUUAUUUCUGAAUGUACAUUAUCCCAUAUUGAUUUUUAAUCAAAUACCUAGUCAAUUCCACUCAUGUAUAUAAAUGAAGGAAUAAAUUUCUGUUUCUCUUGUCCAACUUAUUCACCUUGCUGUAUCCACAAAAAAGAGCUAACUAUCGAAUGAUGCUAUGGUUCUUGUUGUUGGCUUUAUUUACAUUUGUCUAUUGUGAUAUUGAAAAAUUAGAUAAACACUUCAAUGGAAAUCCCCACGUUCCUGAAUUUGCUGUUCCAGAGAUUCAGCUUGAGAAUCGACUUCAUUUAUACUUCAGAAAGAUUGAUAGUAACCACGAUAACUUCAUUGAAAGGGAUGAGUUAGCCUCUUGGAUUCACAAGACCUACGAAUCUUUGGAUCGCGAACAUGCUGAAAAACAACUUAUGGACUUUGAUAAAGAUAAGGACGGAAGAGUCUCAUUUCAUGAAUAUGUCAGUCAUUCCUACGAAACUUCUGAAGAGGAAUUAAAGAACUCGAAAGAUGACCAGUCGUCAAAGUUUAUUCUUGAAUCCUUGAAAAGCGAACGAUCGCGUUUCAAUUUCGCAGAUAAAAAUGGUGAUGGGUUUUUAUCAUUGAGAGAGUUUACAAUAUUCCUUCGACCCGAAAAUUAUGAAGAUAUGGCUAACUAUGAGUUGCAGACAAGUUUUUCAAUUUUCGAUCAAAAUAAUGACGGAGUGAUCACAUCAGAUGAAUUUACAAAUUUCUCUUAUCGUGGUGUAUCACAACAGAAUUAUCUUCGUGAACAGUUCAAACUUCUGGAUGUCGAUCACAAUAGACUACUCACUUCGAAUGAGUUGCGACCUUGGUUAUUACCGUCUUUAAAAUCAGCUGCAGAGUCUGAGGCAACACGUUUAAUGAAUAUAACAGAUUCCAAUCAUGACGGUAAACUCACACUGGAUGAAGUUUUGGCUAAAUCACAAUCUUGGAAAGAUAGUCAUGUUGUUAAGCAUUCGAGAUCAUUAUGGGAUGAGUUGUAAAACGAAAUGCAUUUGUGUGUAUCCAUGUUUAUUACUAUUGUUAUUUUGUGCCAUAUUCUCUUGUUCUUUCCAGUGAUUUAAAUAUGCAUUUCAUAAUUGUAUGUAUCUGUUUUUGUGCGCACGAGAAGCAAAUCUUAUUGACUUUCUAAUGUAAUAGUUUACUUUAUUAUUUUUCGUUGAUGCUUGUUGCAUUUAUUUAAAUGAACUUUUUCUUGUUGAAAAUCAAUUAAAUUUUUAAUUGAAUACCUCUCCGUAUUGUUGCUCACUAGCAUCAUUCAUUAUUAAAGAAAUACACAGUUCUAUUUCUCCAAAUAUAUACUCACUAUCUUUAUUACUUCUUAUUCUUCAGUAAUAUUAUAAUUGUGUUAUUAUUGUUGUCUAGAGGG